UUGUUUUUAGAUCAGUUAUUUGUCUGUUCACCUCUGUGUCUGUUUCAGCUGAAGAUAAAAGUCCAGCAUCACUCAGCUCAUAUCGUAGUCGUUUCUCUAUGUUCAGACGCUUUGACAGAAAAGAAGAAACAUGAAGGUUUACCUGCUGCUGCUACUGCUGCUGCCACUCUGUUCAGCUGACUUUUACAUCGAGUGUUACGGUGAGGACUUCUUGUUUGUCAGAAACUUACUGCUGCAGUGCAAUAGUAAAGUCAAACAGGCCUGCUACACCAGAGAUUCUGGAGAAAAAGGCUGCAUUAAUCUGGAUGAAUGUGUUCGAAAAGGCUGGACCUGCUGCUACAGUGACCGCUGCAAUCGCAUGACCAAUCACAGCCCAGCAGACACUGACAUCAUCAAACCACAUGAUGUGAAAUAAAGCAAAGAGAUUUCCCAGAA